AUGGAGACUCCAGCGCCUCCAUCCACUGCUACGACCACUGUGCAGCCUGUUGAGGAGGAGGAAGCUGUUGCGGCGAUUCCUGAUGAUGAGGUUUCGGGUGAUAUUCCUGCGAUGAGCCGGACUUUCACGACGCCUGAUGGCGUACCUAUCACCGUGAUGGAGAAGCCGAGCGCUGAGGUCGUCAGGAGACAAAGCACCAUCGCGAAGGGCUCGACUAUCGAUAGCAUCAUAUCACCCAAGCCACGUCUAACGAAGAGCUUCCCUACCACAGCACCUUCACCGCGUCCAGUAAAGAGCUUCCCGAAUGUACCUUCGCCUCGCCCAGCUUCGCCCACAAGAGCAUUGACCGAGCCCUCCAAACCCGUCAAGGUAACGCCAAUAUUCCCCAGCCUCACCGAGAAUGUUUGCCUGUUUCACGACCAUGUCACCUUGCGCGAAGUCACCGUGGUCAUCAACGAGAGAACAAUCAUGGACAGAGAAGGCGGACUGCUGUUUCAGGUCGAUCACAAAAAGACCUUCCUCGAGCCAAACGGAUACAAGAUGCGGUGGACGAAGAGAUGGUACUUGGACAUCAAGGGGAUACAGAAGUUGACGUUCAAGAAGAAGCAUCCGAAGAGAGGCAGAGCAUCAAUGCAUACUCAGCUCCCUCCGGCCAAUAGAACAGGCUCACUGGAUGUCGUCCUUCAAAACGGCAUGUUACGUGUCGGACAAGGCCGCAGCAGCAUCCUCGUGGCAAUCGUGGAAGACGAGAUCAAGCAGCUGAACAACGAGCCGCGCGGAAGAAGAAUGAGGGUGGCAAAAGGCUUCGAUCUCGCCGUUGCGAGCGCGAUGUGUUUCCUCUUCUACAACGGCACCGGGAAGAGUCAGUCUCGCGCGAAUGGGUAUGCACGCAUGUAG